CUACAUCAAACAAUUAUGUUCAAACUGAACUUUCAACCUAAUAUUAAAGCAUUAAACCUUUUAACCAUUAAAUCAAAGUCUUCUACAAGUCAGAGUCAAUCCAAGUCCCCUGAAAAUCUCUAUUUCAUAGACUAGAAAAAAGAAGAAAAGCAAAAAAUAUUGUUUCAAACUCCCACACGAACAUUGGUUAAAAUGAAAUGGUACAUGUUUAUUAAUUACAUUUCCCAGGUGCUUAAAUAACUUGUUUCCUAACACAGGAUUUGAAAAACAGAUGGAUUCUUUUUUGUUUCUUAUUGUAAUAAAGUUGAAAAUUCUCACAUAGCAACAAAGUAUUUUAAACUUUUCCGGUCCCAGAUAUUUAAAUUACUGACGUAACCUGCAAGGAGAUUGGCACCCAUCAUGUGUAAACGCGUAAGGUAAUAACUUAUUACGUUUCACUAUCAAUGUUCAAUGAUACUACGGCCUUUUUCCAUAUAAUCCGUCAGUGAAAUUAAAUGAGAUAUUAAAGCAGAUCGGAUGAGAUUAAACACUUAAACAAGAUCGUACUUUUCUUUAUCGUAAAAAUAGCACUCCCUCUGUUCCGGAGCAAGAUGUUUUAGAUUUUUUAUUUGUUCCACAAAGAUAAAUUUUUUAUAUGUUUAAGAUACUUUUUAUAUGUUUAAGAAACAUUAAAUGAAAAUAUUUGAAUGUAUUAAAUUUCACUGGUGAAAAGUUAUUGGAAAAUGUAUAAUAAAGGAAAAAAAAUUAAAUUAUAAACAUUUAUUAAAUUCUUAAUAAACGUGAACACUUUAGAAAAUUUUAUUUUCGGCAACAGAGGGAGUAGUAGUUUCUUCACUUACUUGGAAGUUAAACUAACUGUUUAACAUAAUAUUUAAGAAAAAUAGGAGUACUUGUUUUUGUUAAACUUUUUGAAAUUAUAUAAUCUAAUGUUAUUUGUUAUUAGAAAUGUAACCGGGAGUUAUCCUAUUAACCGGGAGUGAUUCUACCAAUUAAAACCAAACAGUGUAUAUGUAUGGAUGAGAAAGAAGGAAUGAUUAAUUAGGUUUCCACAAAAGAUAAAUUAUAUGCUAUCUCAAAUAUGAGUUUUCGCCCGCGUUAAAAAUCACAAACCAUCGAAAGCUAGGGAGAGGAACUUGUCAUCCACGCUCGACAUUUUCUGUUAUAAAUUACCUUCAUAGUUGUUUAUAUAAGGGUGUUCAAAAAGAGUUGUUUAUAUACGUUGUUUACAUUAGAUAACAUUUCAUAGUUAUUUAUAGCGUGUAAGUUAAAGUUCUCCACACUCUUCUAACGUCUUCAACUAGCUAUUACAACUAAUGAAGUUUUUUUCUUUCACGACUAAUGUAGUUUUUACCCCGGUUCACUUAGCUCGUGGAUCUCAAUCCGACGAUGAUGUGUUAAUUAUGAGGUAUAAAGACUACUAACUAUGCAAUCUAACUAUGUAAUCACUACGUGAUUUUUUCUAUGUUUUAUCCUUACUCAUACGGUAUCGGAAAUGAUGGUUCAAUAGAUCACUGAUCAUUUACGUUUUCUAACACCUUCAACCAUUGUAUCCAUCCAUCAACGUAUAACAUGGAUUAAAAUGAUAUAUCUGCAAGUGUACAACAUAUACAUCUAAUCUUUUAAAAUAUUAAUUUCUAGCUUGCACAAAUUCUCUGACCAGGAAAUCUAGAUUUUCUCCCCAUAUUAAUUGUAAAACUGUGUUAGCCUAAUUGAAAAUCACGAAACAAGACAAUUAAAAUUUUAGAUGAUGCAAAUAAACAAGAUAUCAAGUAUAUGAGACUUGUCCCAAUUUUAGAUGGUAAUGCUCAGUAAAAUCGUAGCAAAAGCUUGUCGUUGUCUCUGCCACGUACUCAUUGUUUAUCUCUGUUCUCUGAAACACAUCACAUGAUGACUUCAUCCGAUCUCUGUCUUCACUCCACACUCCACACUCCACCACCAACGCUGUUUUCAAGUCUUGCUACUCACUUUAAACUCCAACCCGGUUUUCACCUCACGUCUUUCUCUCUGUCUCACCAUAUGAAGCGGGGCAAGAAGAGCUCCGAUGCGGGUGAACCCGUGACCAACCCAGACACUCGAACCGGGUCUAGCCAAGCGGAUGCAGUGAAACCAAGUUUGAGCUCCAUGAAAUCGAUGGGUCUGCUUCUUGCUGUUCUUCUGGUUGCUUCGGUUAUGUUUUCUCUGUCGGUGGUACUCAGAGACCCACCUUCUGAUGAUGUUGUGGAGAGUGUUGCAGCUUCUAGGGUUCUUCAGCUCAGAUUCCACCAAGCUAGUGAAUCAGACGGUGGGUUAAGCGAGAAGAAGGACAAUCUUGUCCCUGGUUUCGAUAAAGAAUCAUGCUUGAGCAGGUAUGAGGCGAGUUUAUAUCGAAAGGAAUCGACUUUUAAGCAAUCUUCUUACCUGGAAUCUAGAUUCAAUAGAUACCAAGAUCUUCAUAGACGGUGUGGACCGUUUACUACUUUCUAUAACUCAACAUUUGACAAACUCAAGUUGGGAGAUAAGUCUGAUGGUGGAGUCUCUGGUUGUAGUUAUGUGAUAUGGUUGAACUCUGACGGCGAGCUUGGAAGUAGGAUGCUCAGUCUAGCUUCAGCUUUUCUUUAUGCUCUCUUAACCGACAGAGUUUUACUAGUGGAACAAGGAGCUGAGAUGGCUGAUCUUUUCUGCGAGCCGUUUCCAUCCACUUCUUGGUUUCUUCCCUCAGAGUUUCCGCUCAAUGAACAACAGUCUCUUCUUCACCAUCUUGUUCUUGAUUCCAGUGACCAACAAAAGCUGGAGAGUCAAGCUUUGUUUAACGAGACACCGUGGUUGAUCAUGAAAGCAGAUGGUUACUUUGUCCCAUCACUCUUCUCCAUCUCUUCAUUUGAGCAGGAACUUGAAAAGCUCUUCCCGGUUAAAGAAACGGUUUUUUACUUCUUGGGUCAGCAUCUCUUUCACCCAACUAAUGUAGUCUGGGGUCUCAUCACACGAUACUAUCACGCUUAUCUUGCUAGAGCUGAUAAAAGAAUAGGAAUCCAUAUUGAGGUCUCUGAUACUAGCAAUGAUCAGUUUCAGCGUUUAGUAGAACAGAUUCUAGCUUGUGGGGUUAGACAUGAGCUGCUUCCUGAAGUAGACAAAGAGAGACAUCUCCCUUCAAGCCAAGUUAUAAGCCGAAAAUCAAAGGCAGUGUUCAUCUCAUCUUCUUCUUCUCCAGGGUACUUUGAGAGUAUCAGAGACGUGUACUGGGAAAACCCGACGGUGACGGGAGAGAUACUCAGUGUUCACAGGCCUAGCCGCAAGGAAUACCAGAAAACUCAGAGGAACAUGGAGAGCAGGAGAGAGUGGACUGAGAUUUACCUUCUAAGUUGUUCUGAUGUGCUGAUGGUCACAAGCCCCUGGUCCUCACUUGUGGAGGUAGCUCAUGGUCUUGGAGGGUUGAAGCCAUGGGUAUUGAACGGGACUGAUCAUGACUCUUUUUGUACGAGAGCAAGGUCAAUGGAGCCCUGCUCCCAAACGCCAAGGUCCCAUGGCUGUAAAAAUUAAGAGAUGAGUAGUAUUAUUUUCUGUACUAGGUGUUGUGAGGUCAUGAGUUUCAGAUUUUCCCAAUAGACACGUAAGGUAUAUUAAGAAUCAACUUAAUGUAUGAAUGCAUAACUUGAUCAAGUUCUCUAUAUUUUUCAA